CCAAAAGUCAUUCUUGCCCAUUUUUAAAGUAAUUUUUUAAGGGUGCCUUUAAUUUCUUUAUUUACUUAAAAAUUUAUAAAUACAAAUAGUAAGAAUGGCUAAUGAUUUAGAUCGAUGGGUGGAAUUAGUUAAAGAUUGCAAAUAUCUACCAGAAUGCGAUUUAAAAAAACUCUGUGAUAUAGUGUGCGAUAUAUUGCUAGAAGAAUCAAAUAUACAACCAGUCAGUACUCCAGUAACAGUAUGUGGCGAUAUUCAUGGACAGUUUUAUGAUUUAGAGGAGUUAUUUCGAUGUGGGGGGCAAAUCCCAGAUACAAAGUAUAUAUUCAUGGGUGAUUUUGUAGAUAGAGGUUAUUAUAGUUUAGAAACAUUAACUAGACUUCUUACAUUAAAGGCCAGAUAUCCAGAUAAGAUUACAUUAUUGAGAGGAAAUCACGAAUCACGCCAAAUAACAAAAGUAUAUGGAUUUUAUGAUGAAUGUUUUAGUAAAUAUGGUAAUUCAAAUGCCUGGAAAUACUGUUGUCGUGUUUUUGAUCUCCUAACGAUUGCUGCUUUAAUCGACGAAGACAUAUUAUGUGUUCACGGUGGUUUAAGUCCUGAAAUAAAAACUUUAGAUCAAAUUAGAACUAUUGAAAGAAAUGGUGAAAUACCUUACAAAGGAGCAUUUUGUGAUCUUGUAUGGUCAGACCCUGAAGACAUGGAUUUAUGGGCAACAAGCCCAAGAGGUGCUGGAUGGCUAUUUGGAUCUCUUGUUACUAAAGAUUUUAUGAAUAUUAAUAAUUUAGAUUUAAUAUGUCGUGCUCAUCAACUCGUAAACGAAGGUAUUAAAUACAUGUUUGAUGAUAAACUAGUGACUGUAUGGUCAGCGCCAAAUUAUUGCUAUCGUUGCGGAAAUGUAGCAUCAAUAUUAAGUUUUAAAACAUCAAAAGAACGUAGUGUAAGCAUUUUCAAUGCUGUUCCAGAUGCAGAUCGAGUAAUACCACCUCAAAAUACAACCCCAUAUUUUCUUUAAAAUUUAACAAUUGAAGAGGGAAAUAAAGGGAAUAGAAAUACUAGCAGAAAAAAAAUAUUGAAAAAAUUUUCUUCUUCAUAAAAAAACAUUCUAAGUAAAUUAUUAGAAAUUUUUCUUUUAGCUUAAAACAAUUUUUAUACAAAAAAGAUGCUAUAUUUAACAAUAUAGCACAAUUUAAAAUCAAAUAUUCAAUGUAAGACACAUUAAAUCUAAACCUAGGUACAAUAUACAUACAUAUUAUUAUAAUACGAAUUAUAAUACAAAGUAAGAAUAUUUUUUAUUUCUUGCCUACAGUAUUCUUUUUAUGUUACAAAAUGAGAAAAAUUAUGAAAACUAAAUUUGUUUAAAUUAUUUC